CUGCGAUCAUACGUGGACAAUGAGCUGCUGCCAGCCAUGAGAGCGGAGCUUGCAGAUGCCAGUAUUGAGAUCUCCGCGGUGGGUCCAGUACCGCCCUUUGAAGCGAAUGAGGAGUCAGACAUUGUUAAGCUCGCACGUGCACUCACAGGGGAUAAAGCUGUGCAUAAAUGUGCACCGUGCACUGAGUCAGGGUAUUUUGAUAGCGUUGCUGGUAUUCCUGCGGUCAUUUGUGGUCCCCUCGGUGGUGAAUAUCACUGUGCUAAUGAGUACAUAACUGUGUCACAGAUGAAAAAGUGUCGUGAAUUCAUGCUGAAAGUGGCGGAAAGUCUCUAG